UUCGCCGGCGGGCGGUGAUGGGCGCGCGGAACGACGGUGCGUCGACGCCGGUGCUGCUCAACGUGUACGACCUCACGCCCGCGAACGAUUACCUUUAUUGGCUCGGCUUCGGCGUCUUCCACUCUGGGAUUGAAGUCCAUGGCACAGAAUAUGGAUUUGGAGCCCACGACUUCUCAUCCAGUGGUGUGUUUGAGGUGGAAUCGAAAAGUUGCCCCGGCUUUAUCUAUAGAAGGACAGUGUGGCUAGGCACAACAGACAUGUCGCAGGAAGAAUUCCGCUCAUUUAUUGAAAAACUUGCAGGGAAGUAUCAUGGGAACUCAUAUAAUUUGAUUACAAAGAACUGCAAUCAUUUCACGGAUGAUGUCUGUCAGAACUUAACUGGAAAACCCAUCCCUGCCUGGGUGAAUAGGCUUGCUAGAGUAGGUUCAGUUUUUGACUGCCUGCUCCCAGAAAGCGUCCAAGUUUCUCCUGUCGGUCGUGUCCCAACUCUUCGUCCAAUUUCUGAUGAUGAUUUAAAUUCAAUAUCUUCGUCAAUCAUUGGGGACAGUGACGAGGACGAGGCUGAGGACAAGCACCUGUUGCCAGCACCAUCCAAUGACCUGCAUUCUGUAGAUGUGCCACCGAAGUUAGCGAAAGACCUUAUGAAGCUCUAAUUACUUGUCGUUUACCAGUUCGUGACGUUGCUUGCUGUCUUAUUCUGACAAAUUUGUUGUCAUCCAUGGUAGCAGCGGCAUGAUGUUAGUCUGUCAUUUAGCAAAGCUGGAAAUUGCAAAUUCGCACUGUGGGUUCCAGUAUCUAUUAGGAUUGAUAAUGUAAAAUAUUGCCUUGCGCAAUGCUUGCCGAGCCCAGCACUGAAAGCACAUAUUGUAACAUGUAAUUACAGAACCAUGUUCACCGACACGGUUAUGGAUCACGAUCAACGAUCCUAUAAUGGCUGAUUGAUUUUUGUAGUGGAA